AUGGCAAUUUCGGAUCUCAAGUAUGUUGUCAAUAAAUCUGAAGAAGAGAAAAAUCAUCGUGCUCUUAUUGGAAAAAGACGGUACCAGUUUUUAAAAAACGAAUUGGAAUCUGAGAAGGACAUAUUGGAGCCCACUCAAAAGCAAAAUCGGCGUCAAACAAGAUAUGGGAAAAAUAUCCCGGACUAUUCCGAACAAGAAUCUGCUCAUGAGCCUGAAAAAAGAAUACACAUAACACGACCUGAAUUACGAUCACACCAUGCAACCAAGUACAGAUAUGAUAGACCAGAGAUUGAUAACAUAAGAUUUGUGGAAAAUUAUGACGAGGAAACUGAAUUGUUUUUCAAACCUUCUGAUAUAUCUACAAUUAAGGAGAUAGUUACGGGUCUAUGA